ACGCAUUUUCCUCUGAAUAGAGUAGUUAUAACAAUAGGCAGAGUAAACUCGUCCAAAUGGUAGUGUCAAAAGUGAGAGUAAAAAAGUGAGUGUCAACAUUUCAGUGUAAAUCUAUUUUUCUCUUGAUAGAGAGGUUAUAACAAUAGGCAGAGUAACUCCUCAGACAAAAUAACUCUGCAGGGUGAUGAUUCCCCGCGAAAAUUCUAGAACCGGAGCUGGAGCUGGCAUGGCAUGUUGGAAGUCGUUUCUCUCCCUGCGUGAAAAUGCUGUUGCGUGUCUCAUUUGGUGGAGUGCAGAAGUACAUAAAGAUGCUUGAACUGACGUUUGAUGAUUUCUUGAGAGAAGUGAGUUUGAAGUUCAACAUCCCCGAAGACAGAUGGUUGGACCUCAAAGUUUAUGACCAGUCUAACACAGAGGUAGACGCCGAGGUUUUUGAGGAGCUCGUAAAAGAGUUCCAUGGACCUUUCCUAGUUUCAUUGGCCAAUGGAGCACCUGGUAACCCUCAGUUCACAUCAUCUCCAGGGUCUACUGCAUCUGACGACACAGUGAUCCUCAACUUCUCCCUGCUUGAGCCAGCUGAGGAACCCCUUGAGCCAGCUGAGGAACCCGUUGCAGCCCAAGGCAGUCAACCUAAAAGGCCUUGCCGCAUCAACUAUGAAGCAAAAACUCUGAUUGAAAAAAUCCUGACUACAAAGCCUGGAGGUGACCGUAUCAUCGAGGAGUAUGCGAAAACAAAAUCAAUCACAGAUUCAACCAGAAGACGGCUCAUCAACAUACUUGCUGCAGAAAUGACGGAAACACAUGGGACCUCGCCGCCGCGGAGUGUGAAAGUGAUGUAUGCACAGGGGAUUAUUGCUCUGUUUCCAUAUCUUGAAGACCCAUACUCACAGAAUGGCUAUGAACACUACUACGAUCCGGAAAGUGGUUCAGGAUACAUUGCAUGGCGGUUGAAGACAAUGAAAGGCUUCUGA